CCGGCCGGUAAUUCUUUCGUCAGCGUAACGUCACAAGACAAGUCACCAGUCUCAAAUGCAAGUGAUAAUUUUAAGUUUUCAGAAGCAUUUUAACAAAAACAACUGUUUCAUAAUCCUCGAGGUCGAAUAGGUCAACUGUAACUAGAAUUUUUUUUUUAUCGCGAUCACGACAAAACCACUUCAAUAUGUCCUUAAAACAAACUGUAACUCUUCUACAAGCUAGAAAUGGAAUUAAUUCUGUUAAACAGAGGGCUAGCUCUUGGUGGUCUGGUGUACAAAUGGGCCCCCCGGAUGUCAUUCUGGGAGUAACAGAGGCAUUCAAACGUGAUACGAAUCCCAAUAAAAUUAAUCUAGGUGUCGGUGCCUACCGUGACGACAAUGGUAAACCGUACAUCCUUCCUUCUGUUCGUAAAGCCGAGGAGCAAAUGAGGGCAAAAAAUUUAGACAAGGAGUAUGCCCCGAUCUCUGGUUUAUCCGAUUUUUGUAAAAGGAGCAUAGAACUAGCUCUUGGAGAGGGAGCAGAUGUUGUUGCAAAUGGUUUGAAUGCGACCAUCCAAGGUAUUUCUGGUACCGGUUCUCUGAGAGUCGGUGCCGCAUUUUUGAGUGGUUUCUUCCCUGGCAAUAAGGUGGUGUAUAUUCCCAGUCCCUCCUGGGGUAACCACACUCCAAUAUUCAAGCAUAGUGGGUUAGACGUUAAGACUUACAAGUACUACGAUCCCAAGACUUGCGGACUGGACUUCGCUGGGGCUGUGGAUGAUAUUUCGAAAAUCCCUGAAAAAUCUAUCGUCCUUUUCCAUGCUUGCGCCCAUAACCCCACUGGUGUCGACCCCACCAAAGAGCAAUGGGCAGAGCUAUCUCAGCUCGUCAAGAAUAAGAACCUAUUCCCGUACUUCGAUAUGGCAUAUCAAGGUUUUGCCACUGGCAGCAUAGAAAACGAUGCUUAUGCUGUUCGUCUAUUUAUCAAAGAGGGACAUCGCGUAGCUUUAGCCCAGAGCUACGCUAAAAACAUGGGUUUGUACGGAGAACGAGCGGGUGCGUUUAGUAUCGUAGGCUCCUCCAAAGAUGAAGCCGAUAGGGUCAUGUCCCAAAUAAAAAUUCUCAUCAGAGCGUUAUACUCUAACCCUCCAAUCAACGGAGCUAGGAUUGUCAGUGAGAUUCUAGGUGAUGCCAACCUUAAAAAGCAAUGGUUGCAAGAGGUUAAGGGAAUGGCUGACAGGAUCAUUUCUGUCCGUCAAAAUCUUCGUGAUAAUUUGAAGAAGGAGGGCUCGACUCGCAACUGGGAACAUAUCACAAAUCAAAUUGGGAUGUUCUGCUUUACCGGAUUGACAGCGCCUCAGGUGGAAAAAAUAACGAAAGACUUCAGCGUGUACCUAACGAAAGAUGGCCGUAUCUCCAUGGCUGGAGUAACAUCGAAAAACGUAGGCUACCUCGCAAAUGCCAUCCAUGCAGUAACAAAAUGAAUUAAUUUAUAGGUUUUACCUCGUUUUAAAAGUAUUUUUGUUCAGGCUUUGCAUUUUAAAUGAUAUUAAGAAAUAUACACCUAUUUGUUUUAUGUAA